UAGAGCCCAAAAGGAUUAUAAACCCGGAGAUUUCAACCUCGACAGCUUACCAAACCAGUAAACACAAGAAGAAGAACCAUGAGUACGGCUGCCGUUCAACCAAACCAGCCUUUAAGCAGAGCCGUCAGAAAGAUCAAGGUGGCUUCGGCGGUGAACAGCCUUGCCAAAAGCUGGCAAAGCUGGGCGAAUAAACACACCGACCAGCAAGACACGAUCCCAAGCGGCUGGAUGCCUGACACUAUCAUCGAGGACGAGAAAGAAAAGCAGAAGGAGAAGAGUGAGAUGAAACUCUUGGUCACUCCUCGUGUGGUGUCGGUGAACAGCGAAGACUGUGCGGAUGACCAGAUCAAGACUGUAUCCGUGACUAAAGCCAUCACACCAAAAUGUAACGAAUACGGAAAAGACCAAGUGAGCAUCAUCAAAGACAAGAUCAACACCAAUCAGCUGACCUCAGAGGACACCAAAAACUUCCUUGGCAACGAAUCUCCCACCAGGAGACGAUACUGUGGUUGGAAAGCUGGAACCUUUGCGAAGGCACUCGGACAGAAAGAGGAAAAGACAGUGGGAUCCCGAAGUAGCAGUUUAGAUGCAGAGGACAGUGGUCUUGGGGAGGAAGCGUCUCUGAGCGACACCAGUGAUCAGAAUGAGAAUGAACCAAAGAAACAUGUCACCAGACACAAGAUUAAAAUAACCACGAUGAAUGACCUGAAGAGCCGGUGGCAGCAGUUCGCUAAAGAACACAUUGAGGGUCAGAAGCUCAACCCUUUCAGCGAAGAGUUUGACUUUGAGCAUGCCAUGGCUAUUCGACUCCACAAGGGCGACACAGGAUACGGCCGGCCCAAAGAGGGAUCCAAGACAGCCCAGCGUGCCGAUCGAGCCCAGAAACACAUCUAUCGGGAGAUGGAUGAGAUGUGCUUUAUCAUUCGCGACAUGGGCCAAAGCGAUGAGGAGGGACUUCGCUGCAUCUCCUUCGGCCGCCUGUUUGACCGAUACGUUAAAAUCUCUGAUAAAGUCGUGGGAAUUUUGUUGCGCUGUCGCAAACACAAGAUGGUGGACUUUGAGGGCGAGAUGCUCUGGAAGGGCCAGGAUGAUGAUGUUAUAAUCACGUUACUGGUUUAAUGUUC